GGCGCGAGGGGCGGAGCGGAGCGCAGGAGAAGGCGGGGGAGGAGAGGCCCCCGGGACCGCGAGCGGCAGCUGGGGAGGGGGCCGCGGAGCCGGAGAGCGAGCAAAACAGCUGAUCUGAUUUUCCCUUAAAGCGAGAGAAAAUGGAAGUCGGGUAGCGGCGACUGCGGCGCUGCAGGCUGGCGGAGCGGAGCGGCGCGGCAGAGCCCUCAGGGGUUGUGGUCCCACACCAUCUACUGGGGCAACAAUGGGCCAUUUCCAGCAGGGACGGUGCAGCAUUGCCCUGACUGCCUGAUUGCCACACACCCCCAGAGAAUCACACUAUCUGAAAAGUGGAAGUGACAAAAGAGGAGCUCCACCAGCCAAGGCUCCAGUACGUGGAGAGAAGGAAGAAGGCAAUCUCCUAAUUGGUACCAUAUACAUCAGAUGGAUGGUUUCUAGCCUGCUUCCAAACCCCACCUCGGCUGAGUGUUGGGCAGCCCUUCUACAUGAUCCUAUGACUCUUGAUAUGGACGCAGUCCUGUCAGACUUUGUUCGGUCCACGGGGGCAGAACCUGGUCUGGCCAGAGACCUGCUGGAAGGCAAAAACUGGGACCUGACAGCCGCUCUGAGUGACUAUGAGCAGCUCCGACAGGUGCACACAGCCAACCUGCCACAUGUGUUCAACGAGGGCAGGUGUCCCAAGCAGCCAGAGCGAGAGCCACCGCAGCCCGGGCACAAGGUGGAACGGCCCUGCCUUCAGAGGCAGGACGACAUCGCCCAAGAAAAGCGACUUUCUCGGGGAAUUUCCCACGCCAGCUCGGCUAUCGUCUCCCUGGCCAGGUCCCACGUGGCCAGUGAGUGCAACAAUGAGCAGUUCCCCCUGGAGAUGCCCAUCUACACAUUCCAGUUGCCGGAUCUGAGCGUGUACAGUGAAGACUUCAGGAGUUUCAUCGAACGGGACUUGAUCGAGCAGGCGACCAUGGUGGCUUUGGAGCAGGCAGGUCGUCUGAACUGGUGGUCCACUGUGUGCACGAGCUGUAAACGGCUUCUUCCUUUGGCCACUACAGGAGAUGGGAACUGCCUUUUACACGCCGCCUCUCUGGGAAUGUGGGGGUUUCACGACCGGGACCUGGUUUUGCGGAAAGCUCUCUACACCAUGAUGAGGACAGGGGCUGAAAGGGAAGCCCUAAAGCGAAGGUGGAGGUGGCAGCAGACACAGCAGAACAAGGAGUCAGGGCUGGUGUACACCGAGGAGGAAUGGGAGCGGGAGUGGACUGAGCUACUGAAAUUGGCAUCCAGCGAGCCACGCACGCACUUCAGCAAGAACGGUGGCACAGGCGGGGGUGUGGACAACUCUGAGGACCCCGUGUAUGAGAGUCUAGAGGAGUUCCAUGUGUUUGUCCUCGCCCACAUAUUAAGAAGACCAAUAGUUGUCGUAGCAGAUACGAUGUUGAGGGACUCAGGUGGAGAAGCAUUUGCUCCAAUCCCAUUUGGAGGGAUUUACCUGCCUUUGGAGGUGCCUCCCAACAGGUGCCAUUGCUCACCUCUGGUUCUUGCCUAUGAUCAAGCGCAUUUCUCUGCCCUGGUGUCCAUGGAGCAGAGAGAUCAGCAAAGAGAACAAGCCGUGAUCCCUCUGACGGAUUCGGAGCACAAGCUGCUGCCUCUGCACUUUGCAGUGGACCCCGGGAAGGACUGGGAGUGGGGCAAAGACGACAACGAUAACGCCCGGCUGGCCCACCUGAUCCUGUCGCUAGAAGCCAAGCUGAACCUUCUGCACAGCUACAUGAACGUGACGUGGAUCCGGAUCCCCUCGGAGACCCGGGCCCCUCUGGCACAGCCGGAAUCCCCAACAGCCUCUGUGGGGGAGGACGUGCAGUCCCUGGCCGACUCCCUGGACUCGGACCGCGACUCGGUGUGCAGCAAUUCCAACAGCAAUAAUGGCAAGAAUGGCAAAGACAAAGAGAAAGAGAAGCAACGCAAGGAAAAGGACAAGACCCGCGCGGACUCCGUGGCCAACAAGCUGGGCAGCUUCAGCAAGACGCUGGGCAUCAAGCUGAAGAAAAACAUGGGUGGCCUGGGAGGUCUUGUGCACGGCAAGAUGGGCCGCGCUAACUCCGCCAACGGCAAGAACGGCGACGCCCCCGAGCGCAGCAAGGAGAAGAAGACCAAGUCACGCAAGGGCAGCAAGGAGGAAUCGGGUGCGUCGGCGAGCACGUCUCCGUCGGAAAAGACCACGCCGUCGCCCACGGACAAGGCGGCCGGGGCGUCGCCGGCCGAGAAGGGCGGCGGGCAGCGGGGCGACGCCUGGAAGUACAGCACGGACGUGAAGCUGAGCCUCAACAUCCUGCGCGCCGCCAUGCAGGGCGAGCGCAAGUUCAUCUUCGCCGGCCUGCUGCUCACCAGCCACCGGCACCAGUUCCACGAAGAGAUGAUAGGCUACUACCUGACCAGCGCGCAGGAGCGCUUCAGUGCCGAGCAGGAGCAGCGGCGCCGCGAUGCCGCCGCCGCCGCCGCCUCCACGGCGAAGCGGCCGCCGCGCAGGCCUGAGACCGAGGGCGUGCCGGGCUCCGAGCGCGCCUCGCCAGGCCCGCCGGCCGGGCCGCCCACGCAGCUGGUGCUCAAGCUCAAGGAGCGCCCGAGUCCCGGGCCGGCGGCGGGCACGCGGGCGGCGCGGGCGGCGGCGGGCGGCGCGGCCUCCCCGGGCCCGGGCGGCGGCGGCGCGCGACGCGCUGGCGCCAGCGGACCGCUCCCUGGCCGCAGCCCGCCGGCGCCGGCGCGCCAGAGCGUCAUCCACGUGCAGUCGGCGGGCGCGCGGGACGAGGCAUGCGCGCCGACCGUGGGCGCGCUGCGGCCGUGCGCCACGUACCCGCAGCAGAACCGCUCGCUGUCGUCGCAGAGUUACAGCCCGGCGCGCGCCGCCGCCCUGCGCACCGUCAACACGGUCGAGUCGCUGGCGCGCGCCGUGCCCGGCGCCCUGCCCGGCGUGGCGGGGGCGGCCGGCACCGCCGAGCACAAGUCGCAGACCUACACCAACGGCUUCGGCGCCGCGCGCGACGGCCUGGAGUUCGCCGACGCCGACGCGCCGGCCUCCCGCUCGAACGGUGAGUGCGGCCGCGGCGGCCCGGGGCUGGCUCAGCGGCGCUGCCAGCGCGAGAACUGCGCGUUCUACGGGCGCGCCGAGACCGAGCACUACUGCUCCUACUGCUACCGCGAGGAGCUGCGGCGGCGGCGCGAGGCGCGCGGGGCCCGGCCCUGAGUGCGGCGCGCGCUCCGCCAGCUUUUACCAUAAAGGAUUUCUUUUCCA